CUAUCACAAGGAUAACAACCAAAAAACAAAGAAAAAGAAAAAAUGGAGGGAAAACAAUUUCCAUUUUAUCUUCUUCUGUUGUUUUCAUGGCUUAUGGUCAAUCAAGUAGCAUCAGAUAUACCAACAACCAAGAAAGGCUCUGAUCCACAAUGUGGAAAUGUUAGCAUCCCAUUCCCUUUUGGGAUCAAACAGGGCUGUUUCCUGGACGAAUGGUUCGAAAUCGUUUGCCAAAACGACAACUCAUCGAACACCAUUCCGAAACCCAUUUUGAACAGAACAAAACUAGAAGUGAUCGAGAUCUCUGUCGAAGGCACUCUUCAGGUGAGGAACCCAAUCACCUUUUUGAAUUGCAGUGACAAGCAAAUCCGCCAAAGCGCUAACUUAGAAGGAAGCCCUUUUAAGUACUCUCAAAACAACAAGUUCGUAUCCGUUGGUUGCGGAGCCAUUGCUUUGAUGAAUUCCGGCGAAGCAUCCAUUGGUGGAUGCUCCUCCAUUUGUAAUAACACGGCUUAUGGUAAUAGCUGCAAUGGUAUAAAUUGCUGCCAGACAACCAUACCAUCAAAUCUCAAAUCAUUCAAUACCAUUUUUCUCAACCUUCCGGGUGAGGGUAGCGGAAAUCAAUGUAAGUUUGCAUUCAUGGCGGACCAACGGUGGUUGGAAUCCGGUUCGACAAAUAUUUCUGCAAUCCAAGACAUGGUUGAUGUUCCUGUGGAGCUUAACUGGGAGCUGUAUCAUUAUUCAACCUAUGAUAUAUUUGGAACUUUUGUGGAGACCAAUAGCUCUGGUUCUUCAGAAUACAAUUGCUCUACGAACAUUGCAACCUCCGAAUAUGGUUGUUAUGCAAAUUCAUCUUGCGAUGUUUACAUUGUAAAUGCAAAUCAGCAAAGGCUUCAGUGCACAUGCGGGUCGCCAUGGGCCUUCGAAGGAAACCCGUAUCUUCUUCAAGGAUGUAAAGAUAUUGAUCAUUGCAAGAAAGAUCCUAAUUAUUGUGGCGAAGGCUAUAUUUGUACUGACUAUCCUGGAGGCGUUGGCUGCAGCCUUCCAGAGCACAAAAAGUCUCCACUAAAAGCAAUUUUAAUUGGUGUUGGCAGCGGCGUCCUUGGAUUGUUGUUUCUAUCAGCUUCAGCAUGGUUGCUAACCAAGUAUAUUAAAAAAAGACGCAGAGAAAAGUUUUUCAAACAAAAUGGUGGAUUGUUGUUACAACAACAAUUAUCUUCAGGGGAAGCCAAUAUUGAGAAAACCAAGUUGUUUAAAUCAGAUGAGUUAGAGAAGGCAACUGACCAGUUCAACACGAACAGAGUUCUUGGCCAGGGAGGUCAAGGUACUGUUUACAAAGGAAUGUUGGCAGAUGGAAAAAUUGUUGCUGUCAAGAAGUCUAAAAAAGUUGAUGGAUUCAAAGUCGCAGAGUUCAUUAAUGAAGUCGUCAGUCUUUCACAAAUUAAUCACAGGAGUGUUGUUAAACUACUAGGAUGUUGUUUGGAGACUGAAGUUCCUCUGCUAGUUUAUGAGUUUAUACCAAAUGGAACAUUGUUCCGGUAUAUCCAUGAUCAAAAUGAGGAUUUUGAACUAACAUGGGAAACCCGCCUACGAAUUGCACAGGAAAUUGCAGGAGCUCUUUCCUACUUGCAUUCUGCUGCUUCCUUUCCCAUUUAUCACCGUGACAUAAAGUCUUCAAACAUUCUCCUAGACGAAAAGUACAGAGCAAAAAUAGCAGAUUUUGGAACUUCAAGAUCGGUUACAAUUGAGCAAACACACCUCACCACAUUAGUAUAUGGCACAUUUGGAUACUUGGACCCUGAAUACUUCCAGUCAAGCCAAUUUACCGAUAAGAGUGACGUAUAUAGCUUUGGGGUGGUUCUUGCUGAGCUGUUGACAGGACGAAAACCAGUUUUUAUGGAGGCAGAGGAAGGAGGAAGUCUAGCAGCUUCUUUCAUUCUUUCCAUGGAAGAGAAUCGUUUGUUUGACAUUGUUGAUGCUCGAGUCUUGAAGGAAGCAACUGGCGAGAAAGAAGCAAUAAUGGCAGUUGCUAAACUUGCGAAACGAUGCUUGGAUUUGAGUGGAAGGAAAAGGCCUUCGAUGAAAGAAGUGGCAAUGGAGCUGGAGAGAAUUCAAAAAUCAGUUAAAGCUUCUGAUUAUGUUGAGCAAAAUGUUGAAGUGGUUGAAUAUGAUAGAAAUGAAAUGACUGCACCUUGUGAUGAUGUUUCUAUAUCGACAUGGUCAGCUUCCUAUGGUGGUAUUGCUUCCUCAUCAGAUAUGGAAGCACCUCUGAAUGAGAAACAUAUGGUUUGGUUACUUAUAAGUAAUUUCCUUUUCCAUUUUUUUGGUAAUCACCAGUAAAGAUAGUAAUAAAUAGAGCAUAUUAGCAGACUGAAAAAUAAAGAUUUGCUUUGAUGAAAUUCUGCAACAUCAUCACAUAGAAAAGUUCCAUGUAAUGAGUGUCUAAUGGUAGCAGACUUGUUCCAUGACCGAGUCCUCCUUGAUUUAAUUAGUGCAGUGACCUGUAGAUGAAUUUCUUUUCUCUUGCUCUUUCUCUUUUUACCCGAACGUCUAAUUAUUGAUUCACAUACAUAUAUAUAAAACAUAAUGAUCAUUAAUUAUAAAUUAAAACUCGGUUUGAAUUGAUUUCUCCACCACCUAAGCAUUAAUUGCAAAAUCUUUCUUUUUGGGUUUUCGACAUCUCGACAUUUCGUAGAAAUUACACUUUGUUUGUUUCAUCCGGAAGAAUUCGAUAAUUGGCGUAAUAGAAAAUUCGGAACUGUAGUAAUGUUCAU